AUGUCAGAAGAAGAAGAAGCCGUCAAGUUGAAACGCAAAUCAAAGUUGCGCCGUGGACUAAUACGUUUCCAACGAUUUAUUAUGAACAUGGUCCUUUGCAAUGCUGUGCAACCCGUUGAUGCUAAGCAAACUCUACUUAAAAUACAGCUAGAAUCGGAUAAGAGACCCGUUGAAUUGCCUAAUGAUCCUCUGCUACUACAGCCGCCAAAAAACGCAAAAGGAACGGUCAGUCGGAUGGACGUUGUAAGCUGUAACAGCGCGGCAGAGAAGAUGAUUGCCAUUGGAAGCCCAUCCGGUGUACUGAACUGGCACUGGGCUUGUCGUGAAUUUGUAUACCAUUUGGCACAACUCGAAAAACAAUGUAACCUGCAAAAUGAAAUCAAUAAGAACCUCGGUAUUUCCGAACAUCGGCUUCGAAUGAUCAAGUGCUUGACUGUUUGGAAUGACAAAGCUGGAAUGAAUUUUGGACUUGAAAGCAUCGAAUGUGCAGUAGCUAAAAGACGCGAAAUAUUCAUUCGCCUUGUCGCUGGUCAAAGACUCUGGACUAUGAGUUCUGAGCUGAAUCGUCUUUCGAUGUUAGUGAACUCAUUCCGCGUGCUUGAGCAAGAAAGUCAAUAUGAACUACCACUUUCUGAGACGGAACUCGUAUUCCGACAUCGGGUUUGCAUGUUCCAAUUCGGUCAUCCAGCAUUUUACUUUUUACCAAUGUUCAACGAAGUACAGUUGUAUUACGCAUGGUGCAGUUUUCUUUCCGCCUCCGUCGAACACAACUGUCCACUGGAGAUUCCGUGGAACCGACCCAGCAACGUUGGUGAUCCAAUGAAUCGUUGGGAAGAGUUGUUGCAGCUAGCCCCUAAUCAAGCGUGUAGGAACUGGAUACACAUUCUGUUUCUCACGGAAUUGCUACCAAAGAAUUUGGUUCUAUAUGAAGUUGACCCACAAAUACCCAUAUCUCAGACGGCAGCCUAUUUGCGCGACGGGCUUCGGAAAGGAUUGAUUUUCUGUUUGUAG